AUUUCCUUGUCUUUCGCUUGUGCGUGUAUUGUCUUUCGCUUCGAAGAAGACGUCGCCAACAACAUCUAUUCGCUUGCGAGUCUUCAAAUACUCGGCCAGAUAGCCAUGAUUUUCUACCUCUCCCUUCUCGCGGCCCUGGCGUUGCUGGUAAUGCUUGGGUACCACUACCGUUCCGCCAUCCUUCCCCAUGUUCCCGCCAAGGUCAGGUCGAUGUUCCCAAGCUUGAGCCAUUAUACCCCCCUGUCGACUUUCUCCGGUCAGGCCCAAGCUGGUCUGUCUUCGUCCAUGUUCGACAUCGAGGCAAACAUCAGGGAUGGUGACUCGCGAGCUGGCCUCGACGAACGUGGUACCCAGGAAGUACUGGAAAUAAUGCGGAGGGAACGAGUCGACUUUGACCAGGCUAGGUUGAUUCGCCACAACCAAUUCCUUGCCCGGAAUGGUAUCGACCCCUCUGGUAUGCCCCUGGAUUCCAAGGCUGUAACGAGGCUAUGAUCGCGGACACUUCUUUGCUUUUCAUAUUUCAUCUCAUCACUUCAUAUUACCCUCAUUCAUGCAUGAUAUAUCUAUUCACCUACGCUCCUUCGUCUUCACAAUCCGGUGUUUCAAUGUUGUCAUGGACUGUAUCUACUGUGGAUCGAUAUAUGUUUUGUUGUCUUCGCUUGAGGGGCUGGUGAAUAUCUCGGUGGAUGGAUUGACAUGUCUUACUGUUGUUCACUAGGCCAAUUUUUGGACGGCAAGCUACAAAGCAGGUGCAUAUUAAAAUGAACAGCAAGUCCCAACGGUUUUGUCAACAGUGCGUCUUGACGAUGUACUACAAACUACGAAGUGAUGCUGCUUUCUUUGGAACUCCACACCGCUCGCUGAGGGAAC